CUCAGUGUCGCUGUGUAGCUGGUUGUAUCUGUCAGCUAGCAGCUAGCGGCUAGCAGCUAGCAGCAGCUGCCCACACUGAGCUGUCCACUCGUCCACAGGAGGAACUUUCACACGUUUCCUCUUCUACCGCUGGAUUAUUAGUGGGUUUCCAGUUCGCCGAUGGAUUUGUUUACAUCAUGAUGUCGCACAUGCCUGGGACCGAGGCAGGGGAAACUAGCUAACAGCAGCUAAGUUAGCUAGAGAGGCAGACUGACACACUCCCAGCGGAGAGGGGAGAGUCGGCCGGGCGGAGACACCGGGCCCGCCUUGGACUCAAGCACCGGGGGCUGCUGCGGAGCCACAAGUUCCACCAGGGGCCUUUUAGCGAGAGAGGCCGCGGGAGGAGAGCAGCGGUCGCCCCCCCUGCGCUGUUACCGGAGACCCGGGGACGCUUCGGGAGUUCCGGAGGAGUCCGGCCUCGGUCGUGACACUUUUCUCCGGCAAGAGAGAGGAAGAGGAACGGUAUGGAAAUGAACUGUGACGGUACGUGUGUGUGUCAUCGCCCCGAGCUGUGAAUUAUUUCGCAAGACAUUAGUUUCCAAGUUUCCACCGGGGGAGCAGACGCCUCUCGACUCGGAUCGUCAACAUGUCGAAAAUGCCAGCAAAGAAGAAAAGUUGCUUCCAGAUCACGAGUGUCACGCAGGCUCAGGUGGCGGCCAGCAGCGUCACGGACGACACGGAGAGCCUGGACGACCCGGACGAGUCCCGCACGGAGGACGUGUCCUCGGAGAUCUUUGACGUUUCUCGGAACGACCUGGGGGUGUGUGACAGGAGCUCGUCCGAGGAAACCUUAAACAAUGCCGGGGAGCCUCAGGAGGGCCAGCCGCCCCCCACGGGUCCUGUCAACGGGGGACUCCCCUAUAAAAGUUUCGGCACUGGUCGUGUCACCCCACACAGUGUCCCGAGCCCAGCCCCCCAUCCUCUGACAGCCAUCAACACGACCCCCGCCGCCACUGUCUCUCCCAGUGUGGCUCCUGCUAGCACCAGCUGUAGCUCCAGAUUCAGGGUCAUUAAACUUGACCAUGGCACUGGAGAGCCCUUCAGACGGGGCAGGUGGACAUGCACCGAGUUCUAUGAGAGGGAUUCAGAUUCAAACCACAAUCGGACUUUAACGCUGGAUCACAGCAUAGACAGGGACAGUGGGCUCGACACCAGUACCUCUGUGGUGACGAGCAGUGCUUUUUCUGCACAGGCUUCGGAGAACUCCGCAGAUAAUGGCUACUCUCUGGGGCAAACCACCCACCCUCACCCCUCGGAGCUUCAGCAGCAAGGCUACGGCUUGGCUCCUCAGGUAGGGAGUGGAGCAAGUGCCUUCCAGUCCUAUGGGUUCACAACUACAGCAGCACAGCAGCCACAACAGGCUCAGGUCAAUCUGAAGCCCGUUGCACCCCAACACGUCCUCUCUAACAGCCUGAAUGGCUUGCACCAAGGUUCCAUGCAGCAGAAGUCUGCCAUCCAGCCUCUUGCCACGCAACCCCAGCAUUUUGCCUAUUCUACUCAUCCCCAGCCGGACUAUCGUCAGCAGCACUUUGGCUCAAGCACUCAGAACCUUCCCUUGACGAGCAUCCCUGCGGUGCCUCAAAUCAGCCAGGUAGACUCGUCUCUAAUCACCCCCGCUGGUCCAGGAGGAGAGGCAGCCUCAGCCCAAGGACUGCUGCUGCAAGUAAGCAACGCAACCGCGGCCAUCCAUCCUUCCAUGGCCACCAGCACCUUCCACAGCGGUGUUCAGAAUGUGCCUGCCACAGUGCCCAGUACCACCAACACCCCUCCAGGUGCGCCAAGUCAGGGGCCUGGCAUGGGAGGACUUGCACGGCCCUUCGGAGCCCACGGAGGAGCCAUAACAGGCCUUCCCUUCGGCUUCAGUAAUCAGACAGAAGAUAGUAGGCAGAAGUAUGAUGCCCCACCUCAGCCAAUUGCCGGCUUGGUUCCAGGAAGAGAUGGUCUAAAGCCUUUCAUCGGCGAGGGCUUCAACCUGCCCACUCCUGGUGUCAACAGUUUCUUUGGCAUCCAUAUUACCAUGGAUGUGGAUGACGACAGUGCAUCCGGUGCCAGCGUCGUCGCCAUCGAUAACAAGAUUGAGCAGGCAAUGGACUUGGUGAAGAGCCACCUGAUGUACGCUGUUCGCGAGGAGGUGGAGGUGUUGAAGGAGCAGAUCAAGGAGCUGUACGAUAGGAACUCGGUGCUGGAGCGCGAGAACGCCGUGCUCAAGUCGCUGGCCAACUCGGAUCAGCUCAGCCAGCUGUCCGGUCCGCUCACCCAGGGCAGCAACACGCCGCCGCUGCUGCUGCAGCAGCAACACGCGCUCGUCACAAACAACAACAACAACAACCCCUUGGUUCAUCACGAGGGGAGCCCGAGCGUCCCUCAUCAGCCCAACAUCACCUCGGCGUGAUCCCCCUUCCCCCAGAACACAAGCUUAAAAAACCCACACCUCCCACGGACAGGAGCGGAAGAUUCUGUUAGAAAAAGACAACAACUGCUACCGUCCCGUUAGCUCCAUAAAGCAAAAGGCUCUGCUCUGCGCUCAGUUUGUCCUCAUUUGAGGAAAAAUCAACAGCGACAUGUUUGUUUGUCACCUAGAGCCAUGCUUCGAUGUGUGCACGCUGCCGUCACCAGGCCUUCAUGUUGUUAAGACAUUUACCACCAAUUGAAAAGUCUUAUUCUGGCCCUGUGCUUGGCUGCAGAGAAGCGGGGAAAGAAGGAAAGGGGUUAGAGGAGCCAGUUUAAACCGUUAAAAAGCAUGCUGAUCUUGUGCAGGGGACUUGGGGAGGGGUCAAAGGGCACAGAGGGCCCGAUCUAUUCGGGUUACAAGUGAUGGAAGUGGACGAUGCCCCUUGCAAGGGUCCUGUAAAAACAUCCAGCCCAGCAUCUCUACCCCACAUCACUCCAGGGCUGGAAGACGGCAGAGAGGUGGGAGGGAUUCGUCCUCCCUGAGCGGAGGAGGACGCCAGGGGGCCGGCGCGUGUGGAGCGCCCCCAGCUUGUCAUAUGCUGCAACAAACGCUUAUGUUGUUUUCUCAGAGCCACCAUACUUUUGACAUGAAUCGUGAUACUUUUUAAUUAGUUCAGUUUUAGUAUUUGCAUUUAUUUAUUUCAGGGCUGCUAUUUUCAUAAUGUAAAUGAACAAUGUCAUCAAGAUACUUAUUAAAAAGCAAAAAGAAACCUCUCUCUUUGGUCUUUUUGGUAUUUUAGAAUCUGUCAGGUAUUAAAAUUGGUUGUCUCUCGCAGUAGAUCUCAGUAAGUAGGCAAUAAGUUCCAUGAUAGACACGUUUCUUCUCACGAGAUAGUGCUAACACUAAGGCUGAGCUUGCAUUAGGUGAAAUCCAGGUUGAAUGUAUAUUUUGUAAAGUGUAAAGUAUUAAGAGCGAGGAGGAGGAGGGUUUGUACAGGAGAACACCAGUUGUUAAGAUAUGAAUUAUGUGAUGGGCUGUUUCGAUAAAGAAACUAAUAAUUUACUUUUCUUUUUAGACUUUCUUUGUCAAAAUGAAAAAUUAUGAAUAUGUGGUUGUGUUAAGGGGGAUGAAAAGCUGUGAAAAUUGUUCGACCUACUUUAUAACCAAAGACGCAAAGCUGUGUAUGUUAUUUUUUGUUUUUUUUUCCUCCCCAUUUAUAAAUGCACAUUUAGUUUUUGUAUUUUUCUUCCUAUACUUUCUCUCCAUCCCUAUACUUUGUUGCUGUUUUGCAUGUUCUGCAUGAUCUAUAAUCAGACCACUUUCUUACCUCAUGUUUUUAUCCAGCACUCUUUAUUUUCCUGUCAAGUUGUCAGUCUGUGAAUGAUCGUCGGAGGGUUUGUGAAAGAGAACAAUGGGCAGAGAGGGUGGAGUAAGUUUUCGAUGGUAAGAAUAUAUAUAUAUAUUAUAAAGAAUGGAAAAGGUGUUUGUUUGGGAUGGAUGGAAGGUCCUUGUGCACAAAACAUUAGGCAGAAAAAGAGCCAUCUUUUGUUUUCAUAUGCCAAGAAAGGGUUUUGUUACAAAGCAAAUUUUAAUGUAUUUAAUGAAUGCGUUUCGAUUUUUAAUGUACCAACACUUUGCUUACCAUGGAAAAAGACAAAUGUCCCGCGAAACAAAACAAAGGAAACUAUUAAACCUUUUUCACACUUUAAAGCUGGAACCCAGUAGAUUGUGUAUGAGCAUAUUAUGGGAUGUCCUGUCUGUGCUUCCACGUCUUUGUGCCUCCUUUGCCGUCGCCUGCUGUCGUCAGGCGAUCAGGUUUCUUUCUCUGUGGCUUAGAACCAAACCAAAACGCUUGGUAAUUGUACAAUCAGUCAUCUUUCUACUCGAUUGACUCUUGAUUUGAUUUUUUUUUUUUUUUUUUGUGAAAUGGGCUUAUUUCUUUUAAUUUCCUGUAUUUCUUUUGUUUUGAAGGAGAUGCCGUGUACAUGCCAAGUGUACUGUAUGAACGUGAUCACUGAGCCUUGGAGAAAAUAUCUUAACGAUGCCCUUGAAAUGUGCUGUUCAGAUGAUUUUAGUUUUCAGUCAAAUAAAUUACUGUUUUAUUAAGA